GUCAGGGUUAGGUGGAUAAUUUCAUUCAUUAUUUGACCCAAUUCCCGCUAUUAGAACCGGCUAGGGUUUUGUGCAAGUCCAAAUUAUCCACAGGCGGCUUAAGCAAUGGGCUCCGACGGGAAGAAAAAGCAGAAGAAGAUGAAGAAAAACAGGAAGAGUGGCGAAGCUAAAGCGAUAAGCGAUGAACGAUUCGCGUCUGCUGUGUCGGAUCCUCGCUUCAUGGAAGCUCCAAAGCGGCGGAGCAAAGUGGAGCUGGAUUCUCGGUUCAGCCGCGUAUUAACCGACGCCAGAUUCGCCCCUUCAAAUGCUCCCGUUGACAAGCGUGGAAAACGGAGGAAGAGCAAAGGCGAAGCAUCUCUGAGUCAUUAUUAUAGUCUUCAGCCACAGGAAGAAGAUGAGAACCAAGCGUCGCCUCAAAAAAUUGAUGAUGAAGAAAAUGAAGAUAGUGACAAGAGCCAAGAGACUGAAAAUGAGAGUGAGAAGUCGGAGGAUGGAGAGAGCUUUAAUGAAUCAUCUUCCGCCAGCAGCACCACGGAUUCAGAUUCGGAUGACCUAUUUAUGGACGAAGAGGAGGAGGAGGAGGAUACAUUUAUGCCUCAGGAGGAAAAUGUGCCAGAAAUUGAUCAAGAAACAAAAAGGCUAGCUGUUGUUAGUAUGGACUGGAGUCAAGUUAGGGUAAAGCUGAGCAAUGGAAUGAUUAUGAUACCCAGAAACGGUUUAAAGAGUCGUCAAAGAAACUGUAAUGGUAAUUGUUUUACUUUGAAAGUUGCCAACUUUUAUCAGAGUUCUGCUGUGCAAUGCUGGGUAAUCUGUGGGAUUUUACAAGCUGUCGACUUGUAUGUCUUGCUAAGUUCCUUUCUUCCUAAAGGGGGUCAAAUUCUGUCUGUAGCUGUCUAUCCAUCUGAGUUUGGAAUUAAGCGCAUGGAAGAGGAAGCAGUUCGUGGUCCUAUUGGAUUAUUUGAAGAUGAUGAAGAGGAAAAUGAUGAUAUCGAGGAUGACAAGAUGAAUAACAAAAAACUUCGUGCUUAUGAAUUAAGCAGGCUAAGGUACUAUUACGCUGUGGUGGAAUGUGAUUCAAGUGCCACAGCUGACUAUCUUUACAAAAGUUGCGACGGAGUUGAAUUUGAAAGAUCAGCGAAUAAGUUGGAUUUGAGGUUUAUUCCCGACUCUAUGGAAUUUAAACAUCAGCCACGUGAUGUUGCAACUGAGGCACCAGCCAAUUACGAGGGUACAAAUUUUCAAACCAGUGCAUUGCAACAGAGCAACAUUAGUCUAACAUGGGAUGAAGAUGAACCUCAACGAGCACAGAUCUUGAAGAGAAAGCUCAGUGAUAAGCAGCUUGAGGAGUUGGAACUAAAAGAAUUUUUAGCUUCUGAUGAGAGUGAAAGUGAAGCUGAUGAUGAAGAUAACGAUGAAGGUGUGGAGGAUGAAUCUGUGAAAAAAUCCAGUAAACGAGAUAAGUACCGCGCACUUAUUCAGUCAGGUGAUGAUGGUUCAGAUGUAGAUCGUGAAGAGGAUGGUGAUCUGGACAUGGAGGUUACUUUUAAUUCUGGUUUAGAAGAUCUAAGCAAACGCAUCUUGGAAAAGAAGGACAGGAAAUCGGAAACUGUUUGGGAGGCAGUUCUCAGAAAGAGAAAAGAUAAAAAGAAGAAAUCGAAAAAGGGAUCCAAGUAUUCAUCGGACGAUAGCGAUGAUGAAAGUGAUGAUGAUAGAGAGCUUUCAAAACAGCAAGAUGACUUUUUUGUUGAGGAGCCUUCAGAUGCAAGAAAUGAAAAUCAUUCAGUUGGCAAAACCAAAAAGAGAAAGAUGAAUCAGGAGAAUAGACUAGAAGCCGAAGCCAGCCAAGCGGAGCUCGAGUUGUUAGCUGCUGAUGACGUUGGAACAGAGACCAACUUAAGGGGCUACAAUAUAAAACCUAAAAAGAUCAAAGGGAAGAAAGGGAAGGCAAAUCUGGACGAGGGGAAGAUACCAUCUGCCGACUAUGAUGAUCCGCGUUUUGCUUCCUUUUUCACAUCACCACUUUUUGCUCUCGAUCCAACUGACCCCCAAUUCAAGAGGAGUGCAGCUUAUGCUCGGCAGAUUACAGAGAAGCAGAAAAAGGGUGAAAAAGACAAUGUUGUAGAACAAACGAAUAUAUCCGAAAUUCCAGGUUCUGUUCAGAGAGAAUCUGGUGGGUUGCCUCAGUUGAAAGAAAAGAAUGAGCUAUCUUCAUUGGUUAAAUCGAUCAAGAUGAAGUCGAAUCAAGUACAUCCACCACAUAAGGUCUCUAAGAAAUACAAAAGCUUGACAGACAAGGAGAUUGGUGUUUUGAAUUUUCACCUACGAGUGCGACUGGAAGCGGCCUGA